AUGGGCCCUUACCCGGGGUUUGCGGCUGCGCUGACCGCGGCAGCACGCGCGGAUGCGGCUCCCCGCAGCAGCAGCACCGAAGCUAGCGCGCAGCAGUGCGCGCGUGACAAGGCGGAAGGUGGCAAGCUCGCGGGUGCGCCGAGCGCGGUAGAGAGCGUUGAGAUCGCAGAAACGCCAGUAGAGGCCGCAGCAGCAGCAGCGGAAACCUCAACAAGAGGGACAGGCGAACGCGCAAGGACGGGUAGCGACAAGGCGAAUACAGAAUCCGCAGUUAGUCAUACCGAACAGGGGGCGUUUGCGAGUGUGGGUAUGGGCGCACAAGCGGGCGCACGAUCGGCGCAAGGAGGCGAGGGGGUACGAGACGGUGAAACGGGGGAGGAUGAAGAUGAGGAGGAAGAAGAGUGGGAGGAGCAGCAGCAGAGGCCGCUGUGUGUGGUGGGGGAGGAGGGCGAAGGAGUCAUGGAGGCGGAUGCGGAGGAGCAGAGGAGCGCGCGGAAAGCGGGGGUGUGGCGAGGCGAGGUGCUGGAGGUGGCGGUGAGGCGAGGCCUCGUGGAGCAAGUGCAGCGCAAGCUCAGAAAGGCGGUGGAGUCCCCUUCCCAGCGAGCGGGCGUGCUGCGGCAGCUGUUCACGGACAUCGCGUUCGAGCUCGACGGCCACGCGCACGACGUGCUGCUCCGCGACCCCUCCGCCUCCCUCUCCUCCCUCUGCGCCGCCGCGCACCCCGCCCUCGCGCCCGCCUUUUCCGCCACGGCCGUGCUCGCGCCGUUCCCCGGGGCCGCCACUGCGCCGGACCCCCGCCUGCUGCUGCUGCCGCAGGAGAAGCAGCAGCACGGGGCAGCGCAGGGAGAGGACCAGGGGAACAAGCCCUGGCACCAGCAGCAGCAGCAGCAGCAGCAGCAGCAGCAGCAGCAGCAGCAGCAGCAGCAGCAGCAGGAGGGGUUGCGGGGUGUGGCGGCAGGAGGGGAUUGUGAGCGAGUGUGUUUCUACGAGGUGUUGGCGCAGCACUACGCGGAGAGCGAGGCGUCAGUGGCGGCGCUGCUGCCGCUCUUCGCGCCCCUCUGGAGCUGCGUCUUCUCCUCGCAAAUCUUCGCCCUGCUGCUCCACAGAUGGGUAAGCCUCACUGCCCUCCCCUUUUCUUUGCCAGGACGUGGCACAUGUGUGCUUUUCUUUGCAUUGUACCUCUCGCUGUGCCACUCCAGACUGCAUGUUUCCCCCAAGUUUCCGUUUUCAUAUCAAAUGCAUCACUCUGUCUCUCCUUCUCUAAGCGUUUCCCCUUCCCCUCCCACCCCGCUUCCUCCCCCUCAAUCCUCUCUCAUUAUCCCUAUCUUGCCUGCCUUGCGUGGCUGUGAGCAGCUGUACAGUUCACCGAAGCCGCAUUCAGAGGAGGUGCACCGGUACACACGCGCCUUCAUGACCGGCGUCGAAGGCAUCUUCUGGAUUGACCUGCAGAGCAAUGAGCAGCGUUUUCGCCCUCUCUUCAAUUUUGUGAUGGAGCGCAUUGUCAUGGACGAGCAACGCUUUGCCCUCGUGCCUCCUCUGUUUCAGAAGGACAUGUUCUGCACUGUGGCUCGCUGCUUCUUCCUCUACCAGUCAGGAGCGCGUCUGCCGGCACUGUUAGCAGCAGCGUCACGGCAGGAGGCGCUGCACGGGGCAACAGCGGACAUCUUUGUCACGGAGCUCACCAACCAGCUGCAGCGCAUCAAGGUGGAGCCCGUUCUGCUGCUCUUCCUGCACCGCUGCACUGCGCUCAAAGGUCUGGAUCUGCGGUCAGCCACGGCCAUUCGCCUGCAGGUGGCGCUGCACUCCAUGGCUGUGCCCGGUGGCCCGCUCUUCCCCACUCGCCCCGUGCGCCGAGCUGCUCGCUCCGCCCUCGAUACGCUCUACCCUGUGGGGCGCAUGUUCCGGCACAUGAUAUCCUUCUCCUUCCGCAUACUGCAUCCACUCUACUGGCCCACGUCCCUCAUUGUUCUGCUCCUUAACCUCCUCCGAGCCCUCAUGGCGGCGUGUACCCGCAUCCUCCACACGCUCUUCCCACACACCAGCCCGCACACCCAACACCACCAGCAACAGCAGCAGCAGCAACAGCAGCAGUUGCAGGUGCAGCAGGGGUUGGUGCCGAGUUCGAGCUUUCAUCGCCGCAACAGCCAUUCCCCGAAGCACUCCCCGUCUCCUAAGAACAGCAAGGCACAUGCAACUGCCUGGCACUUGCAGCCACAGGAGCAAGGGCAGGGGCAGGGGCAGGGGCAGCGCAGUGUGAGACAGCAGCAGAGACGAGUAUCAGCACAUGAGGACUGA